UCCUGGGCCGCCACAGCGCCACCACUGAUUGGCCAGCUCACCUUGCUUGCAGUCCUUAGGCUGCGCCACUCUCCCACUUCCUCUGCUAGCUCUGUCCUCUGCCUGGGCCUUUCUCUCAGUGUCGUGGUCUUUUAGAUGGUUUUCCUCAUUGCCCUGCUUUGUCUGUGGGUUUUCUGUGACUGUGUUGGUGCUUCUUUUACAUCAGUUACUGAUACUGUAGUCAUUUGUUUAAAUACCACCCCAGUGCCACCACCCACUACACUGUGCGUUCCUUGGGGUUGGGGACUUUAAUUCUCUUUGCAUCUUCUGUGCAGUGUCUGGCACAUGUGAAUGGGAGAUGUUGAAGGGAUGAAUAAAAUAUUUUCAGCACUAGCAGGAAUGACUCCUCUAAUAGCCGCUUUGCUGGAUGCUGUCACAGAGAGGCAGAAGGUCCCAGUUCUCAAGAAAGCUAUCAUAGAAGAACUUCUGCUUUAUCUCUUGAUCCAAAAUUAAUCAGACCUACUCCACAGCCCCCUGGUCUGGGAAAAUUUGUAACAUCUUGAUCGCAUCCUGUCUUUUUAUUUUCUAGGCUGUGUGGAUGCUUGGGAGCCCAAAGUGCUCCGGGCAGGUAUGGGCGCACAUUUCCGGGUGCCCAUUAUCAAUAAUCUGGAAUGGGAAACCGUGCCCAGUUACCUGCCCCCUGACACCCGGGUCUAUGUGGCUGACAACUGUGGCUUUUAUGCCCAGGCUCAGAUGUCUAAUAAAGCUAGUGACCAUGGCUGGGUGUGUGAUCAACAAGUGCUCAAGUUUCACAAGUAUGAAGAAGAGGAAGAUGUAGAAACUGGAGCCAGUCAAGACUGGCUACCUGAUGUUGAGGUUCAGAGUUACUGCUCGGACUGGACAGCGGCGCCGGCAGCUGUGGUGAUUGGCGGGGAGACCUACGGGGUGAGCCUGGAGUCCCUGCAGCUGGCCGAGAGCACUGGUGGCAAGAGGCUGCUGAUCCCCGUUGUGCCUGGUGUGGACAGCCUCAACUCGGCCAUGGCGGCAAGCAUCCUGCUUUUCGAAGGGAAAAGACAGCUGCGAGGGAGGGCGGAGCAGUUGAGCAGGGACAGGAGUUACCACUGAGGAGGACGCAGAAUUGACUUCUGCUUGAGGACGUCUCCAGCCCCUCCUACACCAGCACACUCGUAGGAGGCUGGUGGAGUCAGUGACUGUGGCCUCCAUGUUCAGGAGGAAGGUGUGAUGCCGCCAUAGGGUUACCGGAAAAAUAAGAACUUCCUCAGAAAGAACAGGUCUGAAUUCUUCCCGUCGCGUCACUGAUUUCGAGGUUCUUUUUUUCCUUGGUGACAACACAAAUAGGUGACCCACGUGGCUCUGUGUGUUUUUAAAAAUUGUCCACCAAGAAGCACUUUGUGCCCGGAAAGUUCCUGAAGCAUCAUCCUGGGCAGGGAGGCGUCCGCUCCACCAGCUGGUGGGUGUUUGUAAUCGCCAAGCACCAGUUAUGGGUCACAGCCAAGUCACUCACAGCUGAUCAUUGGUUGGUGGAAAAUAAACUAUGAGCAGCAGAUUACGUUAAAAA